CACUCACACUGUCACUCAGCUAUUAAGGGUGCUGUCACGAAUUGUUUAUUGACCGUUCACUUAGCCGAUUCAGUGUCAAGUACUUUCAUAUGAAACUAUUCAACCAAGGAUUCAACAGAACCCCGGAACAAGUCGAGGAGCCGAUGAGGAAGUUAUCAAAAUUCUGUAAUCGGUGCCUAUCAGAAAAACGGUCUGAAUGAUUUUCCAGUGGGUGUUCGCUGCCUUCUAAACCUUAUCUGAAUUUGGCCAGGCGUACAUGAAUCCCAUUGUCAUAUAAGCUACUUAUCGCAACCCCGUCACUUUACAGUUUUCACGAUGUCCGGCCCGACAUCGCUCUCAAUGACCACUGGAUACAUCUUCUCCAUUGCAUUGUGUAUCACCAUUUGUUCGAGAUGGGCCGUAGUCGUCCAUGGCUUCAACGUCGAUACAUCGUUCCCGUUGUACUUCACCCACGAUGACACGGAUAGCCAGUUUGGACUCUCACUAGCACUUCAUAGUGAGGGAAAAGAGAGUGAGGGGAAAGAGAAUAUGUUACUGGUAGGGGCACCUCGGGCCAUGUCAUCGGGGUAUUCCGCGGACCAGUCGAUAGUAAGGAGCGGGGCCCUCUACAAGUGCCCCAUAGAUACAUCGAUCGGGACACGGGCCGAUUGCCAGGAGAUAGUUGUGGAUACAACAGGGAAUGAAUACCUGGACACUAACAACCCGGACUUCCAGUCAACGAAUGCUUCAGGUCAGUGGUUAGGGUCUACCUUACAGAGUGGAGGCCCGGAUGGAUCAGUCGUGGUAUGCAGACCGCUGUACUCCUAUCAAACUAUGAAUCAAAAUCAAGAUGUAGACCGAUACUUACGAGGUGGCUGUUUCGUCAUCAAUGGGGGUCUGAGAUCACCCGAUCCCGGUCUUUUGAACACAGCUGUUAAUUUCAACCCUUGCGCUUCUAACUCGGUGGCUUAUCGCACCAAAUACCGUUGCGAGUUUGGUGGCAGCGCUGCUGUGAGAGAUACUAAGAUUGUAUACGGUGCUACCGGAGGCUGUUUGUGGAAUGGUCGUAUUUGGUACACAAAUGAUGGGAUUACCGAUGCGUCUGCUCUGUUCUAUUUUCCACAAACAUGCCGCUUUAAUCUCGAUUUUGAAUAUUACUUUGGUCACGCUGUUGCAUUUGGAAAUUUUCGGGAUGGCCCCACCUUAGAAGUUGCCAUUGCCGCACCACGCUGGGAUCAUGGAUUUGGGCGGGUGUUCUUGUACGAUGAUGCCUUCAUGGAGUAUGAUAUAAUCACUGAUGGCGAUUUAGCCACGUAUUUUGGCCAUGCCUUAGCUACUUCGGAUCUCAAUAACGAUGGAUUUGAUGAUCUGGUCAUUGGUGCGCCAAUGUUUACUGAUGAGGAGAGAUCAAUAGACGCUGGAUGGGAUGUUGGGAAAAUCUUCAUAUACUACAACGAUCAACAGGGAAGUUUUUACUUCGAUGAUAAUGACGUCAUCAUUGGGACUGGUGCUGGCUGUCGCUUUGGCUAUUCUAUCGCCGCUUUGGGCGACAUCAACCAAGAUGGAUUUAAUGACUUGGCUGUGGGUGCACCCUUCUGUAAUGGCGGUAAUGACGGAAAGGUUUUCAUCUACCACGGAUCAGGAAUAAACCUACCUCUCAAUCUCUCACCACAACAGACCUUGAGUCCGUCGGUCUUAGGGAGACCCUUGAGGUUCUUCGGCUUUGUGAUGUCAGCAGGACUUGACGUUGAUCAAAAUACAUAUCCGGAUUUCGCUGUUGGAGCACACGAGUCUCAAACCGCGAUAAUCUUUCGGUCGAGAGCAGUAGUUUGGACCGUUGCAGAAAUAUAUCCUGAGGAGAACGCCAUUGAUCUGGAUGUACAGGAUGAGACAACAUCAAGAGGUGUUCUGGUGACAGGGUUUAAUGUUGUCGUGUGCAUUCACUACAUGGGUCAAGGAUUACCAGCUAAUUUAGAUUUUUCAUACGAGAUUGUCUUGGACUCACUGAGACAAGUAAUCAACCGUCGAGCUGCAUUCAUCACUAACAACAUCGCUACUCUUCGCCAUCAAAUCAGUGCGCCAAUUGAACAACGGACAUGCAUGACACAUGCUGCAUAUAUUCAGCCUACCAUUCGAGACAAGCAGACCCCAAUGAGUCUUCGGCUGAUUCACAGUGUGGCUCAGACAUCUCAAUCAGACUCUGCUGUACAACCAAUCAUGUCUAACGCCGUCAAUAACCAGACACUCAACUCGCUUGUCUUUGCCAGGGACUGUGCCGGUGAAACAUGCUAUCCAGAUCUUGCAGUUCAGACAAUUGUUUCGACCACGGAACUGAUGAUCGGAAAGGCUGAAACCUUUCUGCUCACCGUCGAAGUCAUGAACAGCGGCGAAGACGCUUUCCUCUCCGUACUCGACAUCGUCGAACCACCUGGUCUAUUCUUCGUCAAUGUUCUACGAUCAAACACAGGUAUCAUUGUAUCGUGUUCUGUAUCGACAACCACACGCAUACGCUCAUGUAAUAUUGGCAAUCCUGUACCAGCCGGUGAUCAGAUUACUGUAGGCCUACAGUAUCAGACUGCUACCUACAGUACAUUCACUGGGCCAGCUGUGUUGAAUAUAUCAGCUCGCAGUAUUGAUGCAGAAAGAGCUGGGAGAGACGUAGAUAAUGAGGCCAUGGUGUCCAUUCCAGUCUAUGCUACUUCGAGUCUUGUACUCUCUGGCAAUUCAAUUCCAGACACGCUGGUGAUAACAGAGGAUAGCAACGUAACAGAUGAUAAAGGGCCACUCAUGACACAUGUGAUUCGACUUCAAAACAACGGCCCUAGCUUCAUCGGCCCCUCCACCAUCGAGAUCCUCUGGCCAAUCAGACUCCAGGAUGGCAAGACGCUCAUGAACGUGACGGGCGUUACCAUGGAUACAGGGAUGCCAUGUACGUUUACUCCAAGGAUCAACAGAGACAGUCCGAAGCAGAACAACGUCACUACGUUCAUAGACGAAGUUAGUAAUUCUACAAUUUACACGUUAUGGGCGGAUUGUGCGUCACUUCCAGAGUGCGUGGCCAUCCGGUGUCCUCUCGCCUCUCUCGCUACCGGAGCUGACUCAGCCAUCCUCAUCAGCGUGCAGUCGAGGCUAUGGCAUGACACAGUGUUUGCGGAGGAUGCAUCUUUCCUUCAUUUCAUUGAGAUCCUGUCCUCAGCAUCAGUCACAGUCAAUGGCACCGUGUACCCGGGGAUACCUUAUUCUCCGCACCCCACUGCUACACCUCUAGAGAUCCAGACAGAAGUCCGGGUCCAGUAUGAGAAGCAAAGGACCAUUAUCAAGACCACGCCCAUUUGGAUCUAUAUCGUCUCCUCACUAGGCGGUCUUCUCAUCCUCAUCAUUUUUAUCGCCAUUCUAUACAAGGUGAAGUUCUUCCAGCGGAAACAGAUUAGUCAAGAACAGCGUGAGCUUCUGACCGAGCACCGGAAGAGUGUCCGUCGUUCCAAGGCGGAGGCCCCUUCACCGGAUGACAUGGAAGUAUCGCCCCUACAAAGAGAUGGCUCCGUGGCAGGCCUCAUACAAGAGUAACACUAAUAAUGUUAUGUUUAAAACUUGGAGCUAUUUUAAUGGCAGAUCAAGAGGGCAAUAGGGCAUGUGCACCCCCCCCCCUCGAUAUAACAAAAGUCUCCUUUUUUACUUUUGUUUUGUAAGUACUAAAAUAUUUUGAAAAAGCCUUUACCACAUUGUUUUCGUGCCCCCCCCCCCUACCACCGAUCGCAACCUCCAUUUCCGGCAAAAUCUUUGAACCAAUAAGAUCGCAGAGAAUGCUAGAUCCGUCAAUGGAUUAUCUAACACUAUUAAUCUGUCUGACAUGUUGGACAUGAAAUGAACUGCGUAUUCAAUUUCAGAUGUAUAGGGAAAUGUUACAUAUAGAAAACGAUCAUGUAAAACCAAGAAAGUAAUCAUAAUCACAUGAUCGCAAAGACUUUCGAAAAAUGAACAUAUUAAAGGAAUUCCAAGAGUCACGUCUGUCACUUAUUAAUAUGUCUGAGCAUAAGCACUGGACGAAUUAUGUAAUCUCCCUACGGGAUAUAAAAUUGGAUAUUGGAAUAGACCAGUUUUGUAAUUUUAUCAAACAAGCCAUGAUUUUUGUACUACCUAGCAACAUUCAUUGUUUGUAAUACGCAUUCUGACUAUUAUUAAAAAUACAAUUAUUUGAACAAUGUGAAUGAAUUCAUUUGUAACGAGGUACUUCACAAAACUUUUGUAUAUUAGAUUUGAUUAAAUUGUGAAAAUGGCCAAUCGCCCUUGAAUUCAUCUCUCAAGAAGUUUAGCGAUCGUGUUUCUGAGGCAGAUGACUAGAUUACGUCACUGACACAGCACCGUGUUCUGCAUCGUCUUUAUAUUUUCAACUCAAAUUAUAAAAAUCUGACGAAAAGUAUGUGUCUCACCAACAUAAAAUUUAGCUUUUAUAUAAUUCUUCAUUUUGUUUGACAAUGUUAAUAAUGAUAAAAAUGUAACUUAUAUAGCGCUAAAUCCACUCUAUGGAGUGCUCAAGGAGCAUCUAGAAAUAAUUAAGAAUUAUUAAAACAGAAGCGUUCUCACAUGAUUUUUUUUAAGAAAUCAAUUCAAAGGUUUAAAUAUGUUUUGUGUGUGUAUUUAUUUAAUUGUUGUGAUUAUUCUAAUAGCGAUAACUAUUCUGUACAGUACUAUUUUCAGAUGACGAUUGUAGUAAUAUAUGUAGCUUUAUAGCAAUCGAAUAAUUGAAGAUGCAAUAUAAUGUUAUGUAGUACGUAUACGAUAUCGUGAUUGAAUAAUUGUGUCGAUGUUGAUAUUGUUCAUGUUUAUACUAGUUUAUACUAGAUUAAUCAUUAAUUAGUCAUUAGUCGUGAUGAAGAUAAUUGGUUUGAUAUUAUGUAUUACUUAUGAUGAUGAUGCUGAUAAUGAUAUUGACGAUGAUGAUAAUGAUGAUGAUGAUGAUGAUGGUGAUAACAAUGUAUAUAAUAAAGAUUUAGUGUAGACAAUUUGAAUCUAUCAAAGCGGUGAUUUGCUACUUUUUGUAUACUGAGCACCAUGCCUUAUAAAUAUUUCA